GCCCGUCUGCUCGCCCGGCCGCCCGCCUGUCCCGCUCCCUCCCUCCCGGGGACUCGGAGGAGAGGGGACCAUGCCGGAGCCCGGGCCAGACGCCCCCGGCACCGCUAGCGCGCAGCCCCCGCCGCCGCCGCCCCCGCCUCCCGCGCCCAAGGAGUCCCCGUUCUCCAUCAAGAACCUGCUCAACGGAGACCACCACCGGCCGCCCCCUAAGCCGCAGCCGCCCCCACGAACGCUCUUCGCUCCGGCCUCGGCCGCCGCAGCCGCCGCGGCCGCUGCCGCCGCUGCAGCCAAGGGGGCCCUGGAGGGCGCCGCGGGCUUCGCGCUCUCGCAGGUGGGCGACCUGGCUUUCCCCCGCUUUGAGAUCCCGGCGCAGAGGUUUGCCCUGCCCGCGCACUACCUGGAGCGCUCCCCAGCCUGGUGGUACCCCUACACUCUGACCCCCGCCGGCGGCCACCUCCCGCGACCUGAAGCCUCGGAGAAGGCCCUGCUGCGAGACUCCUCCCCCGCCUCGGGCACCGAUCGCGACUCUCCCGAUCCGCUGCUUAAGGCCGACCCCGACCACAAGGAGCUGGACUCCAAGAGCCCGGACGAGAUCAUUCUGGAGGAGAGCGACUCGGAGGAAGGCAAGAAGGAGGGGGAGGCUGCGCCGGGCGCGGCCGGGGCGACCGUGGGGGCGGCGGCGGCGACGCCGGGCGCCGAGGACUGGAAGAAGGGCGCCGAGAGCCCGGAGAAGAAGCCCGCGUGCCGCAAGAAGAAGACGCGCACGGUCUUCUCGCGCAGCCAGGUCUUCCAGCUCGAGUCCACCUUCGACAUGAAGCGCUACCUGAGCAGCUCGGAGCGCGCCGGCCUGGCCGCGUCGCUGCAUCUCACCGAGACGCAGGUCAAGAUCUGGUUCCAGAACCGCCGCAACAAGUGGAAGCGGCAGCUGGCCGCCGAGCUGGAGGCGGCCAACCUGAGCCACGCCGCGGCGCAGCGCAUCGUGCGGGUGCCCAUCCUCUACCACGAGAACUCGGCGGCCGAGGGCUCGGCAGCCGCGGCCGCGGGAGCCCCGGUGCCCGUCAGCCAACCGCUGCUCACCUUCCCGCACCCUGUGUACUACUCGCACCCGGUGGUCUCGUCCGUGCCGCUGCUCCGGCCCGUCUGAGGCCCGAGAGGGGAGGAGGAGGGAGCGCCCGGCCCCCUUCCCAGACCCCGGAGGAGACUGGGCCGGGCCGAGGGCGCCGUGACGUCCAGCGGCCUUCGGGAUCCGGGGCUGCGGCCCCGGCCUCCCCUCCCCCAAUCGGUAGCGUUUUGUAAGUAUUUGCAAUGCAUUUUCGUGCAAUUCACCCCUAAUGGAUUUGAGGCGCUUCCCCUCUUACUUUUAGUUUUGGUUUAUAUUAAAAGAAAGCAGGAAAAAGACAAAAUUCCCGGGUCAAAUAUUUCGGCCGAAAGCUUUUGUAAGAUGUGCAGCCCUCACCUCAAAUUUGCAUUGCGCUGUGGCUUUUUGGUUUUAUUUUUAUAGAAGGAAAGUAAGCAAAGUCUGAACUCUUUAGCUUAUUCAUUUUCUAUAGGACUAUUUUCAGAAGGAGAGAGAGAGAGAAUCCACACUGUAGUACUUUUAUUUCCGGAUUUCUGGGUGUGGUUCUUCCUCUCCGCUCCCAGUUAUCCUCCAGUUUUCAGAAUCUGAGUAGCCUCUCCUAAGAACCUCAGCUCAGGCCACUUUUCUCGCGCGCGCAGAGGUUUGUCACAAUUGACCUCUUCAUCUGUCCCUCUUUGUGAAUGAUGAAUUCCCUAAUUAAGGGUUUAAAGGGAAAAGAUAAGACAGCUCCAAACCAUAGUUCUGAUUAUCGAAAUAACUCCACAUCUGGCCUGGUGUGAAUGGUCUUAUUU